GUAUGGACACGUUUUGAUAAAGACUCUAGAAUAGAUGGAAAUGAGUGAUAUGCAGACCCAAAAGGAAAGAAAAGAAAGACUCAUCUACCACUGGGAUCAUAAUAAUGAAGACGAUUCUGACCAAGAAGACUCAAAUUUAGUGGGUGGGCAAAAUAAAGAUGUAUUGUCAAAGGAACAACCUCCAAUAGUAAGAGUCAAGAUUUGUGGAUGCAUACCAGCUUGGUGGAGGACAGAAAACUAUCUCACUGAAUGGGAGCUUCAAUGAUAUGAGCUAUUUAAAAGCGAAAUCAAGCGUUAUAGCAAGUACGACAUGGAUCAUGAAGAGUCUCUCAAAAGGUUAUGGAAAGUAUCAUUUGGAGAUACUCAACCGCCAGAUAAACUUGUUGGCCCUAAAUGGAAAGAACUUGGAUUUCAAGGCGAAGAUCCAAGAAAUGAUUUCAGAGGAGGAGGCAUUAUAGGUACUAUUAGUAUUAACUGUCUAGGGCUAUAUUGAUUAACUUACUUUGUUGAAAACUUCAAGGAUGAUUUUGAAUCAAUUAAACCAAGCGAUGAUGGUCUAUUUUCUACAGCAUUAUUUUGCAUAAAUCUAAGCUAUGCUCUUCAAGUAUGAUUCUAUUUCCACAAUGAUGAUGAUAUCAUGAGAGACUACAGACCAUACAAGUGCAAUCCUAGAAGAUUUAAAAACUUUAUUAGAUUAUUUUCAUACGACAGCUCAUCUUCAAUCUCAAAUUCCAAGAUCAAUUUUUACCAAUUGCAUGGGCACUUGAUGAUCACCUUAGUUGUUCUAUGGAACUACUACCUCAAAAAAGGAUACAACCAGCUUGAGCUCUUCACAAAGUGUCUUGAUGAAACUAUCGAAAUCUGCCACCAAAUAUUCGAUGAAGAAAUCAGAGAUAUUGGAGUUAAAAAUCGUGACCUUAUCAAACAAUAUCUCUAGUUGAGAAAGCACCUUA